UGCCCCGCACCACGUGCACAGCUGAUCCUCUUUCAUCCUCCUCUCAUUGCACCGGCGCGUGAUCUCCAUGGGAACGUCGUCACGCAGGAGGAAGUGAACGGGACUAUCUGACAGUGAGCUUGCUUAGCAUGGCAGCAAAGGCAGUUUUGCCUAGGAGGGCCGACCCCACUGAGUUGAAAGCCAUUUUUGAAAAGUAUGCCAGUGUAAAGAAGAAUGAUGAGCACUUCAUGUCGCCGCAGGACUUUGUUAGCCGUUUCCUCCAUGCCCACACAGACAUCCGGCUUUCAGACGAGGCCACAAAGCUGCUGGCUGGAGUGGUGGACCAGAAGAAAGAUGGGUUGAUCUCCUUUCAGGAGUUUGUAGCAUUUGAGUCGGUGCUGUGUGCCCCAGACUCUCUCUUCAUGGUUGCCUUCCUGCUGUUUGAUAAAGCGGGCAAUGGAGUGACCACUUUUGAGGAUGUGAAGCAGGUCUUCAACCAGACCACCAUCCACCAGCACAUCCCCUUCAACUGGGACUGUGAGUUUAUACAGCUGCACUUUGGCAUACAGAGAGACAAGCAGCUCAGCUACGGAGAGUUCACCCAGUUUCUCCUGGAGAUGCAGCUGGAACAUGCACGACAGGCUUUUAUCCAACGCGACCAAGCCCACAGCGGCUCCAUCUCAGCCCUGGACUUCAGGGACAUCAUGGUCACCAUCCGGCCGCACAUGCUCACACCCUUCGUAGAGGAAUGCCUCGUGGCGGUUGCGGGUGGCAGCACGUCUCAUCAGGUCAGCUUCUCCUACUUCAACGGCUUCAACUCGCUGCUCAACAACAUGGAGCUAAUCAGAAAGAUCUACAGCACCCUGCCUGGCCACCGCCGAGAUGUGGAAGUCACCAAAGAGGAGUUCAUUGUGGCAGCUCAGAGGUUUGGCCAGGUGACACCCAUGGAAGUUGACAUCCUCUUUCAGCUGGCCGACCUGUCAGAGCCCCGUGGACGUGUUGGUUUAGUCGACAUUGAGAAGAUCGCUCCGCUGGAGGAAGGCGCCCUGCCCUACAACCUGGCAGAGGUCCAGAGACAGCAGUUGGGCAGCGAUGGCUCCCGCCCCAUCCUGGUCCAGGUGGCAGAGUCAGUCUACAGGUUCGCCCUUGGCUCAGUGGCAGGGGCCGUGGGUGCCACUGCAGUGUACCCCAUUGAUCUGGUGAAGACGCGCAUGCAGAACCAGAGGAGCAGCGGCUCCCUGGUGGGAGAGCUCAUGUACAAGAACAGCUUCGACUGCUUCAAGAAGGUGGUGCGCUACGAGGGCUUCUUUGGACUUUACCGAGGUCUGGUACCACAGCUACUGGGUGUGGCGCCCGAGAAAGCCAUAAAGCUCACAGUGAACGACUUCGUGCGAGGAAAGACCAGACAGAAAGAUGGCACAGUCCCUCUGGCUGCCGAGAUCCUGGCUGGGGGAUGUGCUGGUGGCUCCCAGGUGAUCUUCACCAACCCUCUGGAGAUAGUAAAGAUUCGUCUGCAGGUGGCAGGAGAGAUCACCACAGGGCCGAGGGUCAGCGCCUUGUCUGUCAUCAGGGACCUUGGCUUUUUUGGACUUUACAAGGGUUCCAAGGCUUGUUUUCUGCGGGACAUCCCCUUCUCAGCCAUCUACUUCCCUUGCUAUGCUCACACCAAGGCUUACCUCACUGAAGAGGACGGAAGGAUAGGGCCAGCCAAGAUGCUGUUUGCUGGAGCUCUGGCAGGCAUGCCAGCGGCCUCUCUGGUGACCCCAGCAGACGUGAUCAAGACCAGGCUACAGGUGGCGGCACGUGCCGGUCAGACCACCUACAGCGGCCUGGUGGACUGCUUUUGGAAGAUCCUCAGAGAAGAGGGGCCCCGCGCUUUCUGGAAAGGAGCUGGAGCUCGAGUGUUUCGGUCCUCGCCUCAGUUUGGAGUGACUCUGGUGACCUAUGAACUCCUGCAGCGCUGGUUCUAUAUCGACUUUGGAGGACAAAAGCCGGCUGGCUCGGAGCCCACCCCCAAGUCUCGGAUCAGCCUGCCGGCGCCCAACCCCGACCACAUCGGAGGCUUCAGGUUGGCCGUGGCCACGUUCGCUGGCAUCGAGAGCAAGUUUGGACUCCAUCUCCCACGCUACACGGUGGCAACGGUGGCAGCAGCCCCUGAAAACACCCCCUGAACUGCUCACUUUGUCAGUCCACGGGUGGGGGGUGAGUGAAUGAGAGGUCUCCAAUGUUUUUCGUACAUAAAUCAUUGUUUGUAGUAUUUUAAGUCAAUUAUUUAAAGUUAUUAUUUUUUCUCUGGCAGAUGUUGAAAUAUACCUUAACUGCUUUGCAAAAUAGUAUCAAUAACUAUAUAGAGUUGCAGCUUUUUCCGGUGUCUUCCUUUUGUUGCUUUAUGAUAAAAAGCACAUUCCUCAUAUGAUCAUGUAGCUGGCUAAAGAAGGAUUGACUGAUCAUAAAUGUGGCACUUCUGUAUAUAUGAGAUAUUCAGAGACAUAUUUUCAUAUCUAUAUGGCUGUUUUGGUCCUGAGUUGCUCAUCUGAUCAAAUGUAUCUACAAGAAUAUGACCAAAAAGUACUUGAAUGCAAAGACACAGUGUAACAUUCUGACUGUACACAAUGUUUACUGUUGUAAGACGUUUGAUUUCAGGUCGAAAUGUGUGCGGACAUGCAAAUAUCUGAAAAAGAGAUCUGGCACCAACGGAAGUUCUGUAGUGUGUCACAACUGAGUGUUUAAAAUUGUACAGUACAGAUAAUGUAGGCGUUAAAUAUGGUGUGUCAUCAUCGUGCCUUGCUGUACGUAUGGCAGCAACAUGUGUACUGAGAGU